AUGGGUUUCACUGAUCUCUCUACCGACAGCGGCUUGACCCUGCUCACCGGCUGGCUGGCUUCCCGAUCAUAUAUCUCCGGACAAGCUCCCUCGCAAGCCGAUGUAGCUGUUUUCAAGGCCAUCAAGUCUGCCCCUGACGUCGCCAAAUACCCCCACGCCGCCAGAUGGUACAAGCACACUGCCUCUUUCGAGGAUGAGUUCGCAACUCUAUCCGGCGAUGCCUCUAAGCCUUACACCGCCUACGGUCCCGGUGAGGCCGAGGCCACCGAAACCUCUGAGGCGCCGGCCGCUGAGGGUGGCGAUGAGGAUGAUGUCGACCUAUUCGGCAGCGAUGACGAGGAGGAGGAUGCCGAGGCUGCUCGCGUUCGUGAGGAGCGUCUUGCCGCCUACCGUGAGAAGAAGGCCGCCAAGCCUAAAGUAGCUGCCAAGUCUGUUGUCACUUUGGAUGUGAAGCCAUGGGAUGACGAAACUGAUAUGGCCGCUCUCGAAGCUUCUGUCCGUAGUAUUGAGAAAGAUGGCCUGGUCUGGGGUGCUUCUAAGUUAGCGCCUGUCGGUUUCGGUAUCAAGAAGCUACAGAUCACCUUGGUUGUUGAGGACGAAAAGAUCUCACUUGGUGAUCUUGAGGAGGAGAUCCAGGGCUUUGAGGAUUAUGUGCAGUCCACCGACAUCGCUGCCAUGCAGAAGCUAUAAGAAAAUAAAACCAGGGCAAAAGAAAAGGCCACAUUGACGUAUUUCAUGAGAAAACGACAUUAACGCCACGGGCAAUAAUGUUUGAUGAAUGUGAUGAGGCUUGGGCGGUGGGGAUUAAUGAAGGCAAAUAACCUCCACAAAAUGAACUUUACGUAGAGGCCAAGGAGCUACGAAAAGUAAUGCCAAUUGUGCCACCAUGAAUACCAAAUUUUUGUUCAUGACGAUGCAUUGUUCAAAGUGUUAUGUACUUACACUGGCUAUAAUUGUUGUAAGUUAUAUCGUAUAUGUUUAUUCAUGCUGCGAUGUUCCGAUUAGUAUCGAAGGGGUAUGCACUAGGCUAAAAAUACGAACAAGUAGGUCCUCAUUAAAACUACAUUAUACAGAAACAUGGCUUUCUUAGCAUCAUUUAAUACUAUCUUAACACCUUUCCCUCUUUGUAAAUCAUGCGCAACACCCUUGGUCCUUGUCCGCCGGACAGUAGUUCACGUGAGCUUGGUUUUUUCUAUCUUUACUUCUCCCUAGAUCCCUUUAUAGCAAAAGUUUCUUAUGCAAC